AUGAUUCUUGGCUUGAUUGCUAGCCUAGGCCAGGCAGCUGUAGCUGCGGCAGCCCUGCAAAUUGUUCCUGGUGCUACGUGGACCGCGGCCGGCACCAACCAGCAUGUUCAGGCGCAUGGUGGAGGUAUUAUCGAAGUCGAUUCGACAUACUACUGGAUUGGCGAGAACAAGCUAGAUGGGAGCUCCUUUCAGUCAGUCAAUUGCUACUCGAGCAAGAAUUUGGUAGAGUGGACAUUUGUUGGAGAACUCCUUUCUCGUCAGAGCAGUGGAGACCUCGGCCCCGAUCGCAUCGUCGAGCGCCCAAAGGUGAUCUACAAUGACGCGACAUCCAAAUAUGUCUUGUGGAUGCACAUCGAUAGCAGUGAUUACGGCGAGGCAAAGACCGGUGUUGCGACGUCUUCCAGUGUUUGUGGUGCAUAUGAAUAUCUGGGUUCCUUCCAACCUCUUGGGUAUCAAUCGCGAGAUAUGGGUCUUUAUAAAGAUGACGAUGGCACGGGAUAUCUUUUGACUGAGGAUCGUCCCAAUGGCCUGAGAAUCAACACAUUGACGGAUGACUUCACCAACGUCACUGAAACAACUCAUCUGUUUCCAGAACACGUGGAGGCCCCAGCUCUAUACAAACAGGACGGAGUAUACUUCCUGUUUGGGUCUCAGUUGACAGUGUCACUCAACACGAUAUAUUCAGACUGGCUAAUUAGUUGGGCAGCAAACAACGAUAAUAAAUAUGUUACUGCAACAAGCCUUAGUGGGCCCUGGACUAACUGGACCGACUUUGCUCCAAGUGGAGCCAACACAUUUGAGUCUCAAACGACUUUCGUCCUGCGGGUCGGCGGUUCCGUAGUGUAUAUGGGAGAUCGCUGGGACUCUGCAAAUCUCAUGAGAUCAACUUAUAUUUGGCUCCCGUUGACAAUUGAAGGAACCACCGCGACUCUGAACAACGAAACGGCGUGGGUGCUGCCACUUGACGGAACCUGGUCCGCCGCCGGGGAUGGAACCAGCUACGAGGCCGAGUCAUCUGACAAUACCCUUUCUAACGGUGCCAAGAUUAUUUCCUGCAGCGGCUGCUCUGGCGGGAAGUCUGUCGGGUACAUUGGUGGCCCUGAUGAUGGAACGAUUGUGGUCAACAAUGUGGCCAGCGAUGCAUCAACAGAUACCACUAUCCGUGUCCAAUAUGCCAACGGAAACAACUCACAGCGCUACGCAAAUGUCACCGUCAAUGGCCAAUCUCAUGUACUGGCGUUUUUGCCCUCCGGAAGUGGUAAUACGCCGUUCACCUCGACUCUUCAUACCACAUUGGAAAAGGGCGAUACAAACACGAUCACUUUCAGUGCGUAUGAGGAAGGAUGGGGACCCGAUCUUGAUCAACUAGUUAUUUCGGGGUAG